UUACUGCUGCACUGAACACGGACCAGAAGUGUGUGUUAUAAACAGUCGGAGGUUUUGUUUUGGUUGUUUAUGCUUAUAUAAACUUUUAUUAUUUUUAUUUGUUACAACCUCUUGCUCCACAAAAAUGGGGAAAAGGCAGCAUCAAAAAGAUAAGAUGUACAUCACAUGUACAGAAUACACUCAGUUCUAUGGAGGGAAGAAAUCAGAAAUCCCACGAGCCAAUUUCAGACGUCUGCCCUUUGAUCACUGCAGUUUGUCUCUUCAGCCCUUUGAGUAUCCCAUGUGCACAGUGGAUGGGGUGGUUUUUGACCUAAUGAGCAUUGUGCCUUGGAUUAAGAAGUUUGGUACCAACCCCAUAACAGGAGAGAAGCUUGAGGCUAAAUCCCUCAUCAAGCUUAAUUUCAGCAAAAACAAUGAAGGGAAGUACCAUUGUCCUGUGCUCUACACAGUGUUCACAAACAACUCCCACGUUGUUACCAACAAAGUCACAGGAAAUGUUUUCUCUUAUGAGGCAGUGGAACAGCUCAACAUCAAGACAAAGAGUUAUAAAGACCUGUUGACCGAUGAACCUUUUACUCGCCAGGAUCUCAUCACACUACAGGAUCCUACCAAUCUGGAUAAAUUCAAUGUCUCUGACUUCUUCCAUGUGAAAAACAAUUUGAAAGUCCUUGACCCUGAUGAGGAGAAAGCCAAGCAGAGCCCAUCAUACCAUCUGAAAACCACAAACCUGGAGACGCGUGAAACCCUUGCAGAGCUCUACAGGGACUAUAAAGGAGAUGAGCUGUUGGCCUCCACUAUGAAAGAGCCAGAAGCCAAAAAAACAGACAAGCUCAAUGCUGCUCACUAUUCCACUGGAAGAGUGUCUGCCUCCUUUACAUCUACAGCUAUGGCUCCAGCCACCACCCAUGAAGCAGAUGCUAUUUCUGAUGAUGCUGUCCGCUUCCAGUAUGUUAAGAAGAAAGGCUAUGUCCGCCUGCACACAAACAAAGGAGACGUGAAUGUGGAGUUGCACUGCGAUAAGGUCCCCAAGGCUGGAGAAAACUUUAUUAAACUGUGUAAGAAAGGAUAUUAUGAUGGCACAAUAUUCCACCGCUCUAUUAGAAAUUUCAUGAUUCAAGGAGGAGACCCUACAGGGACUGGUACAGGAGGAGAGUCUUACUGGGGGAAGCCAUUCAAGGACGAGUUCAGGCCCAAUCUGUCUCACACGGGUCGUGGUAUUCUGAGCAUGGCUAACUCAGGACCCAACACUAAUAAAUCCCAGUUCUUUAUAACAUUUCGCUCAUGCACAUACCUGGACAGAAAGCACACUGUGUUUGGAAGAGUGGUUGGUGGUUUGGAGACCCUCCAAGCGAUGGAGAAUGUUGAAAGCAAUCCAAAGACAGACAAACCCAAGUCUGAGAUAAAGCUGCUGAGUGCUACAGUAUUUGUGGACCCGUAUGAGGAAGCCGAUGCACAGAUUGCAGCCGAGCGAGAAAAGGAAGCACAGAAACAGGAGGAAGAGAGAGCGCAAACUUCUGCUUCAGUCAACAGGGCAAAAACAGAGGACAAGCCUAAAACCUUCAGACCAGGAGUGGGCAAAUACAUCAACACCGCUGCCACGAAACAUUCCCGCCCAGAUGGUGAAAAACCCUCCACAAGUGAAGCUCCUGCCAAGAGACCCAAAGGCAGAACAGGUUUUGGAGACUUCAGUUCCUGGUAGAAGCACGGCACCGUCCCUCUUCACGAAGAAUGAUUGUGGGUAAAUUGAGAUAUUGGACUUAUCUUACUCUGUGCAGACCUUUUGGGUUUUCCCCUUUAUUGUUUUUAUUUUGAAAGUUGUUGUAUUUUUAGCUAAUAAUGUGCAUGAAUUUAGUUCAUGUGCAGUCAAGUCUUUCUUUAUAUUGAGCCCUGUAAAUAAUUAUUUUGUGCAUAUUAAAUGACUUCAUCUAUGCAUUAAUAAAUGCAAUUUGCUAAACGUUUGGCUAGUUCAUGCUUGAAUGUUUUUAUUUUUGUUUGUAUGGUAUGGAAGCCCAUUGCUGACUUAUUUGUUUUGCCGAAAAAGAAAAACAAACAAAAAAAUCUUAUUGCGACUUUAUAUUUCACAGUUGCUGUAGACUCACAUACUGUGAGUCAGUCUUUUCUAGGGCUGCGCCGAUCACGAUUGGCCGAUCGUUAUGCGCAUCUUGUUUAUUUGCGCAUCUUCUCAGUUAACAAUGGCUCUAUGUGAAAUCAGGCACCUGAUGGAAUUUACCGCUUAUUAGAGAACCGGCUUUACUGACGAGAUGCACAUAACGAUCGGCCGGAGCACCCCUAGUCUUUUCCUCGUCUUCAUUUAGUGUUUUGUCAUUGUGUGCUGGUAUUGUGGCAUUGUGCUUGUAGAUAUAGUUCUCCAGUGGGACGUUCCAUUCUGAUUCAUCCACAAGUUCCAGAAUGGGGCAUGGAAUGUUUUUGUAGUUUACACAAUAGAGCAUUUCUCUUCUUGUUGAUGUGAUUUUGAAUGUCUUUUUCUGGAGCGGAGUUUCCUGUGCUUGCUUGCUUUGUUCUUGACUGUUCUUGCUGAGUGUGUAGGUUUAUUCGUUUAUUUAGCUGCUAAGACCCAAGUGUAUUUCAUACGACCCCAGAGGCCAAUUACACAAGCUUAGUGUUUCCGAUGUUGCCUCUUUCACUUCCUUCUGUUGGACGAAUCUCAGGUUUAAGGUCAUUCGUUUUUUGUUUUUUUUCUUUAUUCAGCAAUGACAGUUUGAUGAAACAUGUAAAGACAUUUAUAAUGUUAUAAAAAUAAAAAAAAUCGCAAAAA